AUGUGUGGUAACUUCAACAACAAGAGACCAGAUGACUUCCUGAUGCCAAAUGGACAGUUGGCCCAGAAUUCUAAUGAAUUAGGAAAUAGUUGGAUAGUCUAUGACAAAUCUGAUCCAACAUGUACAGAUGUACCCACUCCAACUCCACCCACCACGUGUCCUCCAGAGAAAAAGAACCUGUAUGAAAGUGAUACAUUCUGUGGUAUACUAACAAGUAAAGAUGGCCUGUUUAACAUAUGUCACUCUGUAGUCGAUCCUGACAGCUUCUUUGAAAGCUGUGUGUUUGAUUUCUGUGCUUUAGAUGGAGGCAAAGAUGUUUUGUGUAGUGCCUUACAAGCAUAUGCUGAUGCCUGUCAAAAACAAGGAGUCACCAUUCCAAACUGGAGAAACAUAACAUCAUGUGGGGGUCAAGACUGUCCAGGUAACAGCCAGUACAAUGAAUGUAUGACCGCAUGUCCCGCUACCUGCCUGGACCUACAUGCUCCAGAGAAAUGCAGCUCUCCUUGUGUGGAAGGGUGUGAAUGUAAUAAUGGUUAUAUCCUCAGUGGAGGAAUUUGCAUUUCUGAAGCACAAUGUGGAUGUUGGUACAAUGGCCAAUAUUACAAUAGAGAUGAAGAGUUCAUUGAAGGAAACUGUGAGAGAAGAUGUCAGUGUCAAGAAAACAAUAUUGUAUCUUGUCUACCAAUGUCUUGUCCAGAAGAUGAAAUCUGCAAGGUACAAUAUGGUUUUCUGGGCUGCUACAAACCAAGCACAGCAAUCUGCCAUAUUUAUGGAGACCCCCAUUACUCUACAUUUGAUGGCACACUUCAUCACUUCCAAGGAUCGUGUAACUACACUGUGUCGGAGACUUGUGCCAAUACAUCGCACAGCUUUAGUGUCACUACACGCAACGAACACAGAGGUAACCCAAGCUGGACGGCCAUUAGUUCUGUUGCCCUGACUGUCGACGAUGUACACAUUCUGAUACAGAAGAACAAUAUUGUGCAUGUUAGCAAUGCUUUAGUUACUCUUCCUACGAAUGUGUCUGGCAUAAGUAUCAUAAAAAGUGGGCAGUAUGUAGUAGUGAAUACCAACUUUGGACUCCAAAUUAAAUUUAAUGGAGAUCAUGAGUUAUUUGUUAUAGUGGAUGAAAGAUACAAAGAUUUAUUAUGUGGUUUAUGUGGCACCUACAAUGACAACCGCCUUGAUGACUUCAUAACACCUGAUGGCAGCAUUGCAACUGAUGUCAAUGACUUUGGAAAUAGCUGGCGAGUACCAGAUGAUGGUUGGCCGUGA